GCCUUGGGGAGGUUCUCACCUUGGCAGGGUACGAAUCCUCUAUACGUACCCUUGUGCGGAGCCGCCUGCCGAAAGCGAAGUAGAUGAGAUCAUUUCAAGCUCUUUUUUUGGAAGUGGUGGUCAAAGGAAAUGGAUAACUAUCCAGACUUCAAUACAUACAACCUCUCAUCUUCAGCUAAUAUGUCUAUUUCUUUGCCUGGAGAAGCUGGACUCAAUACCACUGGUGGUACUCCUUCUAUGUCAAUAAGCAGGCUUUUCCCAGCCUUGUUAGAAUGCUUUGGAAUAAUUCUUUGUGGCUACAUAGCUGGAAGAGCCAACAUUAUCACAACAACUCAGGCCAAAGGACUGGGAAAUUUUGUGUCCCGUUUUGCACUCCCAGCUCUACUGUUCAAAAACAUGGUGGUACUUAACUUUUCAAAUGUGAAUUGGUCCUUCCUGUACAGUAUUUUAGUUGCCAAAGCUGCUGUGUUUUUCUUAGUCUGCAUUUUAACAUUGUUGGUAGCCAGUCCUGAGAACAGAUUUAGCAAAGCAGGUUUGUUCCCUAUUUUUGCUACACAAAGCAAUGAUUUUGCACUGGGAUAUCCAAUAGUUGAAGCUUUAUAUCAAACCACUUACCCAGAAUAUCUCCAGUACAUUUACCUAGUGGCUCCAAUAUCUCUCAUGAUGCUAAACCCUCUGGGGUUUAUCUUCUGUGAAAUCCAGAAGUGGAGGGAUAAUCGCACUGUGUCACAGAGCAAAAUCAAAAUAGUGGGCCUAGCACUCCUUCGAGUUUUGCAGAAUCCAAUUGUAUUCAUGGUCUUCAUAGGAAUUGCCUCAAACUUUAUUCUCGGCCAGAAAAUUCCUGAAUACCUUGAAAGCUUUCUUGAUGGACUGGGCAGUUCAUUUUCUGGCUCCGCACUUUUUUACCUUGGACUAACUAUGGUGGGACAAACAAAAAAACUGACAAAGGGUAUGUUUGUUGCACUGAUCCUUCUCAUCACAGCUAAACUACUUAUGAUGCCAUUUCUAUGUAGAGAAAUGGUGGAACUCUUGGACAAGAGUGACAGCGUAGUCAAUCACACCAGUUUAUCAAACUAUGCAUUUCUUUAUGGAGUUUUUCCAGCAGCACCUGGUGUCGCAAUAUUUGCAAGUCAAUUUAAUAUGGAAGUAGGAAUUAUUACCUCAGGCAUGGUGAUAAGCACUUUUGUGUCUGCACCUAUUAUGUAUGUUUCUGCCUGGCUGUUGACCAUUCCAUCUAUGGACCCCAACCCACUGGCAGCUGCACUCCAAAAUGUUAGCUUUGACAUAAGUAUCGUCAGCCUCAUUUCUCUGAUCUGGUCUCUUGCUGUUGUUCUUCUGAGUAAGAAAUACAAACAGCUUCCUCAUAUGAUUACAACAAAUCUACUUGUUGCUCAGUUUAUUGCUUGCAUUGGAAUGGUGGCAUGGAAUUUCAUUGUUAAAGAGAAAGACAUCACCAUGCAGAUCCUAGUAUUUAUAUUCCUCUACAGCUCACUUUACAGCACCUACCUGUGGACAGGUUUUCUGUCUUUCUCUUUGUUUCUCUUGAGGAAGAGAGAAACAGUAAAGAUUCCCAUUGGGUUUAUUAUCAUAGCUGGAUGGGGAAUCCCAACACUUCUGGUGGGAAUUUUACUAAUUGUUGGUGAACAUAACAACUCUAGUAUUGACUCUGCCUUUUUCUAUGGAAAACACCAGAUAAUUACCACAGCAGUAAUCCUGUUCAUCAGUAUAUUGAUGUCAGGUAUCUCACUUAUGUGCAUGAACAGGAAUAGGCAAGAGUCAAGCUAUGAGGUAUUGAACCCAUAUUCACCACGUAGCCAAGUGGAGGAGGUUGAAGUGGAAGGGAGAGAGGGGAAACAAGUUUCAGCCACUGUGCCUCAGCCUUCUCCAGGGUCUUCUGCACAGCCUUCUCCAGGGUCUUCUGCACAUCCAUCUGCAGAAAGAGGCUGCUGUUCAUGUCAAACAACAAAUGGUGAACUAUCCUGUGCUGGAGAGAGCAAAGUAGUGUUAAAUGCUGUUGAAAGCAAGGUUCCUUCAAUUGAGACAGCUGAUCAGUGUGUGAGUCGUUGCAGUGCCCAAACCUGCGUGUUGGCUCAGGAGGAGCAGCUUCUGCAGACCGGAGACAAACAGCUGGCCAGACACGUGCUGCUGUGCUUACUUCUUAUUGUUGGCCUGUUUGCUAAUCUUUCCAGUUGUUUGUGGUGGCUGUUCAACCAAGAGCCUGGAAGACUAUAUGUGGAAUUGCAGUUCUUCUGUGCUGUGUUUAAUUUUGGUCAGGGCUUCAUUUGCUUUGGUAUUUUUGGCUUAGAUAAGCAUUUAAUCAUUCUACCAUUCAAGCGAAGACUUGAAUUUCUGUGGGGAGGAAGAGAAGCAGCAGGGCAUACAGAUCCCUCUGUACCUGAGGAAAUCAGGAUGACCUGUCAACAGUUUGUUCGUUAUCAUAGAGAUCACUGUGUCAAAAGCAUUGUCAGAGGCAGAAGGUGUGGUGCAAAGAUCUCCACGGGCAUCUUCUUUGGCUGUGACCUGGUGAACUGGCUCAUGCAAGUUGGCCUGGCCUCUGACCGCGGUGAAGCUGUGAUGUAUGGAGACAGACUGAUGAAAGGAGGCGUCGUCCAGCAUAUCACAAAUGAGUUUGAAUUUCGGGAUGAAUAUCUGUAUUAUCGCUUCAUUCCCAAGAGAUCAGUUGCAGUUGAGAGCCAUUGACCUGAGCAUGUAGGCAGAGGAUAGGCAGUUCGGGGUGGAAGUGACCACCUCAUCUGUCUUCACCACUGAAAUGGGAAGUAUUUCUGUCUCGGGGCUCUCAGAGAAUUGUGUUGUUCUCUCUUGUCAAGUUGAGAGAUGUGGUUCUACUUGUUUCUAUUCCGAAGGAAAUAGUAGCAAGUGAUAUGUAGUGAGUGUUCCAACCAGAAUGCAAAUAGAACAAAGCAAGAUGCUCUGGAUUUAGAGCAUUUUUUCCAUUUUGAGGAAAACAUAUAGUAAAAUUUUAUAUGUUACUGUCAUAUUAUAGAGGCAUUAUAAUAGCAGCUUUACUGACUGGUGCCACAAUGACAAAAAAAACCAAAACACCUACAAAAAAAUCAAAUAUGAAUGAGAGCUAUUUUUCAUGUUGCUGUAUGUUUUCCAUACUCUAGUGUGAUGAAAUAUUGAUUCCUGUUUACAGUCAGGCUUCUCCCUGACUUCAAAGAAGUAGGAUUACUUCUAUCAUAUCCCAGUUUUUACUACUCUACUCUUGUCUAACACCAGGAAAUUUUUCUAGCUGUUUACACCUCAGAUCAGGUAGUUUGUUUCUCUCUUAAAGAUAAAAUCCUCCACUUGUAAAAGUAGAAUUGUUGUGAAGAUGAUUCCAAUGUCAGAGGAUUAAAGGCGAGAAAAUAUUGAGUGAAAUAGAUAAUGGUUUUGUACAAACUUACCAAGUCUUAAAAACAUAAAAAUACCCACUGCUCCCCCAAAAUAGGAAAUGAUAUAACAGAAUUUCAUACAAACAACUGCUUCUGAAGUUUUGCCUUAUGGUGGUAGUAACAGCUUUGUCAAGAGUAGAUUUUUACUUUCUGAAAUUAGCCUUUCCAGUUUAAUUAAGAAGUGCCAGCCUCAAAUAAAGACAUUAUGGACACCUUGUAUACCUGUGCAAGUCAAGAAGAAAAAUUUUAUCAACUCUUAAAACCUUUUAAAUAAAAUACAGUGACUUUUAAAUCUAUUAUAUAGAGAAUCCUAACUGAACAGAAAAGUUACAGUUUAGAGUAGCUAAAGAUCCUAAAAUUUUAGUAUUGGUUGCCUAGCACAGGUUUCUAAUGAGCCUCAGGUAUUUUCCUACGAUCUUUAAAUACUUACUGUAGCAUCAUUCAGAUUCCUGUGCACUGAAGGCAGAAUCUUAGAAUCUGCGUGUCUUCUGCAGCAUUUUGAAAAGGUUAAAGACAAACUGUAGUAUCUGAUAGCCAUUUUGCUGUCCUUUUAAAACUGCAAGAACAGCAUUUAUAUGUCUAUAUAAAAAUUUUAUAUAGUGAGGGAAAGGAACCCAGGUAUUUAAAAAAAAAAAAAAAUUACUUGCUCAAGCAUACCUCGUCUUUUUUUUUUUAAAAGUUUUUCCCUUUUUUUUGCACAUGGAUUUUUUUUAUUACAACCACUUACGCAUCUACUUUGUAUUAAGAAUUGAAAGUGAUUUUUAGCAGCAUAAACUGCUGUUCGAGAAACAGUUGUUUUAUGGUAGCUAUAACUCCAUGCAAAACUUAUUUUGGAAAAAGAAUUCCUUUUACUGUCAGUCUUAUUGCACGUCUGCAGUGUGCACAGAAACGUAACUGCAUCCUACUGCGUAUGUAUGCUAUCCAUACAUAUUUUAAUGUUUUCCAGCAACAAAAUAAUUGACAUGUGUAUCAGGCUGUGGCCACAAAGGAAAACUAUAGCCUAUUUCCAUUACAACUGCUGAAGACAGCUACAUCAAAUAUUUUGGAAUAAUUAGAUAUAUGUGACUUAAGAGCAGAAGCCACGAGUGUGUCUGGCUUCUAAAUACUGUAACUUGUCAAUAAAUCUGUUACUUGAUUUCAGA